AUGAGAAGCGUUGUCAUCGUUCAGCACUCUAUAUACGGCAACGACAAUACUCUCCUAAUCAAUGCUCUCACAGAACUCAGAACACAGUACGGUCGUGGCGUCGUAGAAUUCGAUGCCAAUACAAUAUCCUUCAAAACCCUUCAACUGCAGGCGCAGGUCAAGCAGUACGCCCGGAUAAUCAAACCGCUCAACUGGGCCCUUGAUAUGUACAUCGGCAUGGACGAUUUCCCAAAGCUUGAGCCCGUUGUCGCAGACCUCUGCGUUACACUUUCCAUCACCCACUUCGGCGCACCAAAUCUGCCGUCUCCCGAGAAUAGAACUCUACUUUUCGAUCCAUAUUUCCUUUUUGGCUUCCAAUCUCUGGUCAACAUAUUGAAAGUCGAAAGUACAUAUCUUAAGUUCUUGGGCGCCUAUCGGUUCGACAAGGACCUGGAUUAUUGUGGUGUUGAGGGUGUCCCACGCGAGUUGCUAAAUUUUGCUGAGGAUAGGCUUAUUUUCACGUCAGAUUGGCCACACAAUAGAUUUGAAGGGCUAGAUAGCAGACUUUUUGUUGAGAAGGUAGUAGAUUGGACGGAAGAAACAAACAGGAAAUAUUUGAACAAACACAUCAAUUACACUUGCAUCAUAGCCGGUGCACAGACCGACGUCGAGUAG